AUGGAUGGCGCUUCGGGUAUGGAAGGGGUGAGCACAAGCGGCCUCACCCACCCCAGGUCUUACCGUCUAUACUUCUUUACCCGCCCUUACCAACCCCACGACUUGCCUCCUCUAGCAGCUCUGCAGAGGCAGCAGCAGCUAGUGGGGAGCAACAACCGGCAGAGGUGGGGUGGGGGGAGUGAUAGGAGUAGAGAAGGCAAAGGUAGCAGCAGCUGCAGAGGUGGGGUGGGGAUCAACAACCCGCAGAGGUGGGGUGGGGAGCAACAAACCGCAGAGGUGGGGUGGGGAGCAAUAACCCACAGAGAUGAGAGUGAGACUGUGCUGAUGAUAAGGGAGCUGCUGGAGACGCGCAUUCGACCGGCAGUGCAGGAGGACGGAGGGGACAUUGACUUUGUUGACUUUGACGAGGCCACGGGAAUCGUGUAUCUGCGCAUGACAGGCGCCUGCAGUGGCUGCCCGAGCUCCUCUGUGAUUCUAAAGAGCGGCGUGGAGAGCAUGCUCACACAUUACAUUCCAGAGGUUAAUUCGGUGAAGGAGGUCAUUGAAGAGGCAGAGUGA